AUGAUGGAUAUUUAAUGAUGAUUACCUGAUGGCAUAUUUAAUCAAUAUAAUUAUUCUUGAUGAUGAUUACAUGACACCUAUGUAAUCAAUAUAAUUGUUCUUGAUGAUGAUUACAUGACACCUAUGUAAUCAAUAUAAUUGUACUUGAUGAUGAUAACAUGAUGCAUGAACCUAAACGUGCAAGGACGACCCUUGCGCUAUGAGAUUCGCCUAGGUUGUACGACGAACUCACGCCACCUUAGUCUCACGAAUGAGGUGAGACUACAAAAUCGGGGUGGUACUCGAAAGCCUGAAUACCAUGUACGUACACUAAACCCGAACGUGUGAUGUCGGACUGCUUAGUCCCGCACAAUCACGCUAUAAGAGACACACGAGGCAUGAUAUGUUACGCAUGCAUAUGAUGUGAUAUGCUUCAAUAUGGAUGGUGAAAUGAAUCAUAUGUUAUGAACAAUUUGUAAACAACAUGAAUAUGUAAUCAUACAUUAACUUAUUUGGGUGAGACAUGAUUAAAAUAUCAUUUAAAUAAGCUACGGGGCUCGGAAUAGUCGACCGUUUAGCACGGAGGUCGACUGUGCUAUAUUUCAACUCGUCGGAUUUCUGGAUCACCGUGACGGUCGACCGCGGUUGACCGGUGGUCGACCGUUGUUGACUGGCUAGAAGUGACGGCCCUCGGCUGGAUAGGCGGUGGUCGACCGUUCGUCGUCGGUGGUCGACCGUUCUGCUGACAGUCGUGGUCCGUUUCGAAGUUUUAACACGACGGUCGAUCGUUUGCGUCGACCGUUUGGGUCUGCGAAUCUUACUCUUAAUAUUUUGGGUGUCUAAAGUACUUCUUAAAGUCUUUUAAACACCUUUGUUUAACAUAUACAUGUUGUUGGGUAGAUUUCCAAUGUUUAUACUUACUUAAGUGUACAUUAACUUUAUGGAUUUGGUGUAUUCUGACUUCAACACAUAACUUAUAUAUGUAUCACAUAUAUAUUUUGGUGUGAUUUUAAUAUAUUUAUUAAUAUAUAUGUUCAUGUACGUAUUAGAUGAAUGAUUCAACAAGUCUAACGUAAGGGUACAGACCUUGAAAUCUUCGGCCGAAACCUUACGGAUGAGCGGGAGUGGAAGCAACAUCGAAAUUCACCAACUUUGUCAUUCUCGUCACAAUUGGACAGCCUGCCGUAUUUUGGGCAUAUCUCCAUCGUUUCUUCACGGAAUCGCAAACCGUUUGAUUCUGUGGAUUCCUAAGAUGUAAGGCUAUAACUUUUCUAUAGAAAGUAUUUCGAGUUAACAGAUGUAAGAUAGCGUAAAUCGGACUUGAAGUCAAGGGAAAGUUGCUGUCCAGAAUUUUUGGAUACUCUGGUGAACAACGGUUCCGACGAUUAACUCAUUAACUUCAAUAUUCCAACACCGAACCUUCUCUAUGAUACCUUCCGGAUGUUUAUAAUAAUUCUUAGAGAGUUUAUGGUGAGUGUUUGGAAUGAAACAAUAUGAAUUUCGUGAAACAAAUGGUCCAACCCGAGGAGCUCGCCACCACUGGCGCAGUCCCGGUAUUUUGGCCAUAUCAUCUUCAUUACUUAACGAAANGGCUACAACUUUGGUUCAGAAAUUUUGUGAUAAAGAUUAUUCUCUGGAAUUCUGCAAGGACAUGGCAUCCCUCAAAAACAUCUCCACAAAUGAAGUCAUUCUCACUGGGAAGAGAAUCAGAAACAUCUACGAAGUAAUGUGGGACGAUGUCAAGGAGGCAUGCCUAAUCAGCAAAGAUGAAGAAAUCAAUGAAGAAGAUAGAAUGAAGCCUACGGAGUUCAUUCCAUUCGGAAGUCUACCUAUGAAGACUUCAAAGAGAAAUCCGGACAGUGCUGAGCCUACCGCAAAUCAUGGCCAGCCUCCCAACAUUCCGGAUCACUCACAUGGCGACCAUUCCGGAAAUGGCGAUCAAGAGACAAUACAUCCGGAAACACCAACAAACUCUGUUCUUCAACCAGAAGCUGAACUAGAUCAGCCAGUCAACCCUAAUCAACAAAACCUUCGUUGGUUAAGGGAUCAUCCUCCUCAACAUGUUAUUGGAGAUAUUCAAUCAGGCGUUCGCACUAGGAGUGCACAACAGAAUCUACAAGCCAUGCUUGCUUGUUUCAUCUCGCUGAGUGCAGUACACGUGGCAGUCCACUCACCACGUCUGAUAAAGUAUUGGGAACUCUCCGAAUUCCUUCAUCUGGAAAUCUGCUUCAAGUAUGAAGAAGAAGUUCUUGAAUUCUACAAGAACGGGAAGAUCUCAAUGAUUCAAUCCAAGAAGAACCCACAGAGGACGAUUCAAGUAAUUAAGUCCACUGUUGGAGGCACCAAGACCAUUGGGAUUUCUGGACAAAUCCCCUCUGGCCCAGCAAAGAAGGUCGAUCUGAAGAACCACUAUAAAUUGGUCCUAGAGCUAGUCAUUGCAUGCCUAGAGUGUGGCAGUGGAGGACAUGCAGAUGACAUAACUCAAGAAAGGGCAUUCAUCAUCAACACCCUCAUUACCAAAAUCAAGGUAAAUUGGGCUAAACACUUCUUCAACUCUGUUUCAAAUCAUUUAGGGAAGCCCAAGCAGAAAUAUCUCUGUCAAGGAUUGUACCUUGGGUACAUUUUGGAAUCCUUGGGUGCUGCUUCUGACGGCAAGAAGUAUGAUGCCAGAUAUUGGCUUUACUAUCUGUCAUCCAAAGGAGAAAUCAGAAUAAGCUCUACAGCAGAAGAUGAAGGAUCUUCAGACAAUGUCCUAAUUGUAAGUCUGAAGAAGUCCUCAAAGAGGAAGCGAGUGGUUUCUCCCUCUCCUAGUCAUGAGGAAUCACACACUCUUGCUCUGGUUAAUUUGGAUGAAGAAGUUGAAUUCCCUGUUCAAGGAGAGCUUUUGAAGAAGAAAAGAAGAGUCUCCUCUCCCUCCACAUCUGGAAAUGCCAAUCCGGAUGACUUGGUACAGAAUGAACCAAUUGAGGAAGUCUCUGCACGGGAACAGAGUCCUCAACAGUUUGACACUCCUCAAGACCAGAGUCUUCCAUCUUCUCCACCACAAGCUCAAACUGAUAAUGAAAAAGCUGAAGAUAAAGUCAGAGAUUCCCUCUCUAGGGAUACCUCAAAUUAUGGAAAUGAAGAAACAGAGGAAGAGUCAGUGAAGACCCUGAAGAUUCAUGAAGAUGAAGCUAAGCAAGGAGAUGAUGCUGAAUCUCUCCCUCUGCAACUCUUCCUUAAAGUACCUUCUCCAAAUCAGAUGGAAACAAGGCACAACACAAUGAUGGAAAAAUCUGAAGAAAAGUAUUGCUCAAAUCUCAACGAAAUAAGCAAGUUUGUAGACAAAACUCUAGAGAUCAUUUCUCUAUUGAGUAAGUCUGUGGGCAAUACAAUGAUGGCUUAUGCAUCUGACUGCCACCUUCAAUUCAAAGAAGCCACUGCAAUCAAGCAACAGAUUGCCACAGUCAAAGUCAACCUUCAGAAGCAGAUGUCACUCCUCCAGAUGGAUAUCAGAUCAGCCUUGGCAGUGUCAUCAGCAAACCAGGUGGUGACUCAAGAUUGCCUAAAGAGCAAUCCGGAGAACUCAAUCCAGCAUCUGUCAAAAACUGAGUUUGAUGGAACAGAAGCUGUAGGAACCAUUGCCUCCCACUUCACAAAUGAUGCACAGACAGAAGAGAGAUAUAACAACCUCAAGCGCAUCCAGGAAGAGUGUGGAGUUAUGGAAGGCAUUGGUGAAGUUGUCGGAUCAUCCAAGCGCAAGAAGAAGUGAAGGCUCUUUUCAUCAAAACAGGGGGAAGUAUUGAAAACAUUAUUUUGUUUUGAUGAAAACACCUCUUUGUUUAAACAUUAGUUUUUGUUUAAACAUUUCGUAAUACAUCUCUUAAUUAUGCUUGAACAUAUUUCUUUUAAGUAUGAUUUUUGAGAUUUACCAUACAUUUAGGGGGAAUGUAAUUUAGGGGGAACAUAACUGUUUGGCUAAUAUUUGUCUUUGGCAAUAAACUACUGAUAAACUC